AUGCGCUUCCAAGUCAUCCCAGUCCUUGCCCUCGCAGGCUGCGCAGCAGCUGCUCCUCAAGCUUCUGCAGCUGGCUGCAGCUCAUACACCAUCAUCAACACCAGAGGCACAGGAGAGGCUCAGGGCGCCUCGGCUGGCUUCAGGACAAUGAACUCUAGGGUUCUGUCUAAGGCAUCCGGGGGAAAUGUGUACAACACCGUUUACACUGCUGAUUUCAGUCAGAACUCUGCUGCUGGAACCCGAGACAUUGUCAGGAAGGUCAACAGCAUUGUGGCGUCUAAUCCCAAUGAGUGUGUCAUUCUUGAGGGCUACUCUCAGGGCGCCGCAGCCACUGUCAAUGCUCUUUCGCAGUUGACCGGUAGCUCCUCCAGCGCCGUCAAGGGCGUUUUCCUCAUUGGUGAUCCCCUCCACAAGAGUGGGCUGGCGUGCAAUGUGGACAACAGAGGCGGUACCACCACCAAGAACGUCAAUGGCAUCUCCGCCUUUGGAAGUGCUGGUAUUCCCCAGGCCUGGAUCUCACGAACACUCGAUGUCUGUAUCUAUGGCGAUGGUGUUUGCGAUACUACGCAUGGUUCCGGUAUCAAUGGACCGCAUCUGCAAUAUCCCAAUGACGCGUCCACCCAAGACCUUGGAACAAACUUUGUCCUCAAGCAGCUAGGCAAAGCUUAA